ACAUGGAGGAUUCCUCUUUGUUCCAUACUCCAUGCGAGAUCUGGCUUGAGAUAGUGGCUGCUGACGAGCAGAAAACUAGGACGCUCCUUUCCGAUCUCGAACUUUCUUUUUUGUGGUUUCUUAAAAGGAUUCGCUCAUCUUAUGUAGUCGGUACUCCCCCGCAACUCGACUGCAGCACAUCGGCCGUUAUUCAGCAGUCGCUUACCGUCGUUACAAUUGUUCUUGCAUAAUUGGUAGUGUCCAUGCGUUCACCGCCAAAACCCUACUACAGACAGCCGCCUCCGGUGAAACCGUCAAAGUCGCUGGAAGGGUUGGAGGUGGUGGUGCCGCCGGGAACUUUCUUCAUUUCACAGUCUGAUAUCUCGGUGGAUAUCUUGAACAAACCAUUGCCCGCGAAGCCACUGCCCGAGACGCCAGAGAGAAGCUCGAGCUUAUCUAGCCAGGACAGCUUACUUGAAACUUUCAUAUACCGGACUUCGACUGAGACGACGGAUGAUUCUCACAUACCAGUUGCGUCAGAUCCAUACGACUACUCCACGGUUCUUACACGUCCCGCAACGGCAGGGGCUCUCUCAACCAGACCUUCACUGGGUCAACUGAGCCGAGACAAGGUCUCUUCGCUGUCACUGAAAGCAUUCAUGACCCAGGAACGAUUUGGAGGCGACAUACAUGCUCGCAUUAAAGCUGGGCCUUACUUCCGCGAAAAGAAAUUCGAUUUCUUCCCCGAAUUAGCGACCCCCUCUGGAUUGCAGGCAGCGACCUACUCUGGGCGCUCUCAUGGAUUGAAGAGACGUCUUCGGGGACGUAAGUCCCCAGUAUCACUUCCGGCUUCUCUCGAAUUCGGUAGGAGCGGCAGUCGUUGGCUCUCUUCGGAGAACAAAGCUCUUCUUCUCGGCCAUGGAAUUCGUGAUUCAAUCCGGUCCUGCAUGCAGAAGACAGCGUCUCGCAAGAAGAGUCAUGAUCAGAAAACGCCAAGGCCAAAUGUGAAGUCAAACCACCCUUAUGCUCAACGGGGUGCGUAUCAUGCGAUGGACUCCAAGUCACUCUAUGACGACUCCGAAUCAGGAUUGCAGCAGAACUUUGCCGAUGUAUAUCAUCGGAUGCGGACACUGCCCAUUUCUCCUGGCACCAGCUCCGGUUCUAGUUUCAGUUCCUCACGGAGCCGGACGUUGGUUACUCAAUCAUCCCGCCAACAGCUAUAUCCAACCGAAUCAUAUGAGGACUAUGGAUUCAAGGCUGGUGGGGAUCUACUUCUCUAUCGCCGGGCCAGCUACAGCAAAGGCUCAAAUGAUACUGUCCCCAGACAUCCUAGGCGCACAUCGUCCAUGAUAGAGAUGCGCCAGUGCACCUGUAUCAACCCAACACCGCCUCUCACCCAGCCGCGUUCUACACAGCUGCAACAACAAACGCAGCAGUACGUGAAGGCCUUGCACAGCGGGACCAGUCAGAUGAUUUCCGCUCUGGAUGGGGCAAAGAAGAAACUCAUGGAGACCAGAGCAGACCGAAGGCGAGCGGAGCUCAAGAAACAGAUCAAGAUGGUCGGUCCUGUGGACCCUUGGCGACACGCAGGGGUUAAUUAUCUCCUGUAGGAGGAGUUUUUGGGGAUAUCUUGCAAUGUAUUUUCACUUUACGGCUUUGAUG